AUGGUUGUCAUUGAAAUCGAAGUAAUCCACGACUUUGUCUGCGCUUGGUGUUACAUCGCCAAGCGCACCCUCGACCGCGCCAUCUCUCUCUACCAAAAAACUGUCCCAGGAGGACGCUCCGAUGUCUUUUCCAUAAAAUAUCGUCCCUACUACCUCGACUACAACCCACACGCUCACAGCGUCGAUAAGAACGAGCUUAUCGAUGUCCGACUACGCGUCAUGACCCCGGAACAGCGCACGGCGCUUUUCAACCGGAUGAAUCAAAUCGGGCGGUCUAUGGGUAUUCUUUUUAAGGCCGGGGGGAGGAUUGGGAGUACGAAAGAUGCGCAUCGGGUUAUUUAUUAUUGUCAGAUGAGUGAGAGUGAGAAGGGUGCUGAUACCGCCACUACUAAUGCUCUCGUGGAGAAGAUCUUUGAGGCAUAUCAUGAGCGGGAGAUGGAUAUUUCGGAUCCAGAUGUGUUGAAGGAACUGGCUGCUGAUGCCGGAGUGAGUGGGGAUGAGGUAAAUAGGUGGUUAGAUGCUAGUCCGGCGGCUGUCGAUGAGGAAGCCCGGAGGAAUAAAGAGGAAGUGAAGUCGGGAGUUCCGGUUUACAUCAUCCAGGACGAGCAUCGCAUUGAUAGCUCAGGGGACAUAGCUGAGCAUCUGGAAAUAUUCAGCAAAGUGAAGGAGACUGACAAUGUGAAGGAUCACAGCACGGCUGCAAUCUAUCAUGGUCUAUCAACGGCAAUUUAG